GGCCUUCGUGCUCAUCUUCGCCCACACCUUCCUCUUCAUCGCGGUCGCCGUCCACUUCGCUCACCCACUCGCCACGGACAUCCUCGCCGACAUCAAAGCACAAAGGAGCAGCAGCAGGACCACUACCACUACCGGCGCCGCGAGCUCAAACCACUCCAAGGAGCUUGCGUUGCUAGCGAUCUACCUCUGCUACCUCGCGAGCAAACUCGCCACCCAGCUCGUCACCGCCCUCGCCACCGCCACGACCUACUCCGGCGAGCGCCUCACGCGUAAGGUGGUCAUGGAGAGGAUCGCCGGAGGCGGCGGCCUUCUCGGCACGGCUGCCGUCGCCGGCGUGCUGGAGCUGUCGUUCACGGCUCUACUCGCGGCGCUACUCGUAUCCACGUGGACCUACGCUGACGACUCGAUCGUAAAGUCUGUGUGUGGCUACUCGAUGUUCUCGGUGGCGCUUCUCGUCUACAUCUACCUCGCCACGGUGAUCCCGGUCAGCGUCGGCGUGUCGGCGGUGGACAGAGGCUGCCACGGCGUCUGGGCGCUCCGCCGGGCGUGGCGGCUCUUGAGAGCAAGGGGGAAGGAGGCUGCCGUGCUCGUGUUCGUCGUCAACAUCCUGCCUGCUUUCAUCUACCCAGCCCCCGUGUACGCGUUCUCGUACAUGUACCCGGCGGACGAGUACUCCCUCUACUACGGACAGGACAUGGCGGUCAGGUUUUCUCUCCACGGCCCGGCGAUGUGGAGGCAGUGGAGCCAGGGCGUGUGCUGGUUCAUGGGCGUAGUUUUCGGAUCUGGUCUUCCCUCGGUUGGUGCGCAGCUGUUCUCCAUGGUGGCAGCCACGGUGUUCUGCUGCCUCUCCAUAGAAACCAACGAUGAUGCAGCGCGCGCAGUAGUAUAAAACUGCUUGACAAUUUUGUAUUAAUUGUCGAUCACACCUAAGCUAGUCAAAAUUUACCUACUUUAAUUUU